CUCCUGUAACCUGGCACCCAUGUUCUAGGAAGGUCCCAUACCAGGCUCACUUGCCUACAGACCCAGAGACUUUAGGAUGUUCUCUUGUUGUUUUCCCAGGUACCGGGGCUCUGGAUGCCAGAAACCCCAGUGCGCAGGAUUACUCAGAUGUUGGAGAGGUUUCCUUAACCCACGCUGGCGAUGCCUCAGGAUGUUUUCCAGGAGGUCACAUAAGAGCCACAUGCCAGAGAUGGAGGAGAAGCUGAAUGAGAGCCCCUGCUCUACUUCCCUGAAGGAAAGGAGGAAGCCCCAUGCCAUCAGCACGAAGCCGCGCUGGCUCAGGGGUAUGAACAUCUCACCCAUGCCCGACAAUGAGAACCGUGAGGAAGGGACCACCGAAGGAGGCUGGAUGCUACUGGAACAGCGAGUGGAGCACCUGGUACCUGCUUUCCUGGGUGGAGACCCCUCCUACCUCUUCACAUUCUUGAGCACGUACAGAGCUUUUGCUACCACCCAGCAGGUCCUGGAAAUACUGUUUAUGAGAUACGGAUGCUUCCAUUCGGAGGCUGAGGAGGAUGGCGGACCCCGGGAGCAGGAGAAACUGGCCAUCUCCUCCAUCCUGGGCACCUGGAUGGAUCACUACCCCGAGGAAUUUUUCCGCCCUCCAGACUUCACCAGCUUGAAGCUGCUGCGGGCGUACGUAAGGGUCCACAUGCCGGGCUCCGAGCUGCAGCGCCGCGCCCGCCUUCUCUACUCAUGGCGGAAACACCCUUUGGCAGCAGCUCUAGAGCCCCGUCCAGACGUGCCUCGGGAGCGAGCCCCCGCUAUCUCUGUGGUGCCCACUGCAGCCUCGCAGCCCAGGCUGCCGGAAGCCACCAGUUCUCCUGGAGCUCAGCGCGUACGAGAAUCGGAGACCCUCACUGCAGCGACCCCACCAGGGCAGGAGGAAUGGACCAUCGACGGAGGCUGGAUGCUACUGGAACAGCGAGUGGAGCACCUGGUACCUGCUUUCCUGGGUGGAGACCCCUCCUACCUCUUCACAUUCUUGAGCACGUACAGAGCUUUUGCUACCUCCCAGCAGGUCCUGGAAAUACUGUUUAUGAGAUACGGAUGCUUCCAUUCGGAGGCUGAGGAGGAUGGCGGACCCCGGGAGCAGGAGAAACUGGCCAUCUCCUCCAUCCUGGGCACCUGGAUGGAUCACUACCCCGAGGAAUUUUUCCGCCCUCCAGACUUCACCAGCUUGAAGCUGCUGCGGGCGUACGUAAGGGUCCACAUGCCGGGCUCCGAGCUGCAGCGCCGCGCCCGCCUUCUCUACUCAUGGCGGAAACACCCUUUGGCAGCAGCUCUAGAGCCCCGUCCAGACGUGCCUCGGGAGCGAGCCCCCGCUAUCUCUGUGGUGCCCACUGCAGCCUCGCAGCCCAGGCUGCCGGAAGCCACCAGUUCUCCUGGAGCUCAGCGCGUACGAGAAUCGGAGACCCUCACUGCAGCGACCCCACCAGGGCAGGAGGAAUGGACCAUCGACGGAGGCUGGAUGCUACUGGAACAGCGAGUGGAGCACCUGGUACCUGCUUUCCUGGGUGGAGACCCCUCCUACCUCUUCACAUUCUUGAGCACGUACAGAGCUUUUGCUACCACCCAGCAGGUCCUGGAAAUACUGUUUAUGAGAUACGGAUGCUUCCAUUCGGAGGCUGAGGAGGAUGGCGGACCCCGGGAGCAGGAGAAACGGGCCAUCUCCUCCAUCCUGGGCACCUGGCUGGAUCACUACCCCGAGGAAUUUUUCCGCCCUCCAGACUUCACCAGCUUGAAGCUGCUGCGGGCGUUUGUAAGGGUCCACAUGCCGGGCUCCGAGCUGCAGCGCCGCGCCCGCCUUCUCUACUCAUGGCGGAAACACCCCAUGGCACCAGCUCCAGAGCCACGUUCAGACGUCCCUCAGGAGCGAGCCCCCGCUAUCUCUGUGGUGCCCACUGCAGCCUCGCAGCCCAGGCUGCCUGAAGCCACUAGUUCUCCUGGAGCUCAGCGCGUACGAGAAUCGGAGACCCUCACUGCAGCGUCCCCAACAGGGCAGGAGGUACUCCCAGCUCUGGCUGACAGUCAGGAGCUGGAAGAGCCACCUGCCCCUUUGGUGGCCCCAGAGCAUGAGCAGCCCCCAGCCCCAGCCGGCGGGGUCACGGAAGGGCUGGAACAACCACCUGCUGCAACUGAGCAACCAGCCUCAGCUCCCCAUCAGCGGCUCAUGUUGGUUUGUCAUGAUAGGAUGGGCAUAGAGGUAUUUAGUGUACUCAUGUACUAUUGGCUUCUACUUAAAAGAUAAAUACAGUUUCAAAAAAUUUACUCUAAUCCUUUGAAAUUACAACUUCAAGUGUCAGUACGUACAUUCGCAGGAUUUUACACCCGUGACCACUAUGUACUCCUAGAACAUUUCCAUCACAGAGACACGUGGACUACUAGUCACCCACGGCUCAUUCCCUCACCCCAGUCUCUGCAACCAGCGAUCUCGGUUUCUGCUGCUUCAGGUCCUCUGGGAUUUCCAUGUGUGUGCAAACACACAACAUGGCCUGUUGUGUCUGGCUACAUGACAGGAGACUGAUUAAUAAUUGCUUAAAUAUUCAAUGGCACUAAUAUUUUUUAUGACAGAGGAAUAGUCCUCAAAGAACAAAGAUUAGGUGAAGCCCCCACUUGAAAUAUCUUCAUUAUCUGCCAUGGGGACCCUCUGAGGUUUGACACAAGAGCAGAAGCCAGAAGAGAAAUGUCUGGACCAGAGCGAAUACCUUGAAAAUCUUUCAUUUUCCUCGACUGGCCAUGGUGAUAUUGGUCUAACGUGCAUACUAUAAAAACACCCAAAUGAAACCGUCAAUAUUCCAUUUAUGCUAACCUAUUAGGCAAUAAAGUAUAAAGUUCUGAAAGGUUUCCUACAGGUGACAUGUAUUCAGUAAAAUGAAGAUUUAAUAAUGAGGACAGGCACCAAGGUGGCUCAAUGGGCAAGUUUCCGAGUCCAAUUUGGCUCGGGUCAUGAUCGCACGGUACUUGAGAUCAAGUCCCAAGUCAGGCUCUACAAUGACAGCUUGAAGCCCUGGUCAGGAUUCUUCUUCUCGCUCUCUCCAAAUAAAUAAAUAAAUAGGAAACAACAAGUACAUAGGCAGAAAAAAUGUAUACUCUUUCAAGAAAUAUUGGCCCAGAAGAUACGGUGUCAUCUUCAGAGUCCUUUGGCUUUGAGUGCAGCAGGUGUCUGUGUUUGUGUUCAUGAGUGGUGUGACAGGUUGGGCAUCCCUCCAGGACUAUGGUCUUGUACUAUGGGAUGUCCCCACAGUGGACAGGCACAGUCCUGUCCCCUUCUGCAUUCUCAAGGGCCACACAUCAUCCUUUACUCUGCGUCUCCAGAAGCUGAAUGACUGGGCCAAUUGCAAUAUUUUG